UACAAAGACGUUAUCAGGCGAGUCAGGGGAAAAUACUUGUGGGGACAACAUGGAGGUUCUGGGAUUUACUGUUCCUCUAUGGCUGGUGCUGAUCCUUGUCGUGAUGGCCCUAUAUACAUAUUUGAUGAGUCGUCACCAUGGAACCUUUAAGAAUCUCAACAUUCCAGGACCAGCACCCUGGCCAAUCAUUGGCAGUCUCUCAGAGAUCAGUAAGAAGGGAGUCCAUGUAUUUCAAAAAGAAUGCUUUGAGAAAUAUGGAAAGGUUUUCGGGUAUUAUGGCGGACUAACACCCCAAACGCUCGUAAUCGGGGACAAGGAAAUGCUCAGACAAAUUCUUGUAAAAGAUUUUGUAAACUUCCCGGACCGAGUGUCAUUUAGAGGCUUCAAUGGUGACAUGGAAACUUCUCUCAAUAACUUAAAAGGCGAUCACUGGAAACACGUCCGGAAUAAGAUAACUCCCGCAUUUUCCUCUGUAAAACUGCGUAAGAUGUUCCGGAUGGUUGAUCACGCUAGUGACACACUGGUGGAGUCUCUGAGGAGGAAGGUCAAGGGGGGAGAAGAGAUUAUGGACUUUGUCGAUGUGUACGGAGCUUACGCCAUGGAUGUUAUAUGUUCUACAGCUUUUGGAAUUCAGGUUGAUUCACAACAAAAUCCAAACGACGAUUUUAUUACAAACGCAAAAAAGUUUCUGAUUCUGAAAUUUACCUCACCAAUCCUCCUGGUUUUGAUGUUUUUACCAAAACUCAGCUUCUUGAUGCCUCUCCUCGGAUGGUCAUUUGUAGAUAAGGAAGUUCAAGCGUUUUUCCGCAAAGUAACGAUAAAACUUCUUAAUGAGCGUACUGCAGGAAACAAGGAACAUGCAGAUUUUCUUCAAUUGAUGAAAAACGUGCAGGAGAAUAAGGAAGAGGAAGAUUCUGAUGACGACGAUGAUAAAGACACCACCGAGAAUGACCAACGAAAACAACUACUGACCUCCUGGUCUAAGAAAGGAAUCACAUUUGACGAGAUUCUUGGAAACGCAGAAAUAUUUUUCUUUGCUGGUUACGAGACUACCACAAUAGCCUUAUCGAUGGCCUCCUAUUACCUCGCUGUGUACCCGGAAUACCAGGACAAACUACGACAGGAAAUCUCAGACAAGAUCGGCUCGAACCGUUUGACAUACGAAAACAUUCGUGAAGUUAAAUUCCUGGAAAUGAUCAUCAACGAAACACUUCGAAUCAACCCUCCGGCAGCUUUGACGGACAGAGUUUGCGUGAGAAAUACUGUGAUAAACGGAAUCGAAAUUAAAGCCGGUAUGACCGUCAGUAUUCCAAUAUACUGCGUUCACUACGAUCCGGACAACUGGGCAGAUCCGGAAAAGUUCAUACCAGAAAGGUUUGCUAGUGACCAUGAUCCGCUGACAUUUCUCCCGUUCGGAUACGGACCCAGGAACUGUGUCGGAAUGAGACUUGCCCUUAUGGAGUUGAAAAUGUCACUUUCGAAAGUCGUCCGUAAUUUCCGGAUUUCCGUUUGUAGUGAAACAAUGGUUCCUCCUGAAAUCGGAAAGCUUGGGAUGCUGAAACCAAAAUCAUCCAACCUCAAGCUGGAGGAGAUCUGAUCAUAACAAGUUGACAUGCGUAGAACGAUAAAAGUAUCGUAUCGUGUCGAGGCAAAAGUAACUGGAGAGAAAGACGUUUUUGGAGAGAAUAAAACAAUGGAUAGACAUUCAAAAUUAUAUAACUGAUACAUAUGGUUUCAUCUGUAAUUCUGGUCCAUUCUGUAAAGCGAUAUGCUUGACAGCUGAUGGGGGCCGAGAUUGGGAAUCGCUGCCUUAAGAAAUACUCAACAUAAAUAGUGACCAAGCUGAUUGUUUGUCAAAAGGAGAAUUUUACACUUUUAUUCACAGUUGAGUUAACUUCAUUAGCAAUGGCUACCAUAGACAGAUUUUCACUUCAUGCUUUGGUUGUCUUAAUUCAAUUGAUUUGGCGACAAAGUUGUUAUUUUGUACCUAAUAAGACUUUAAUUAAGAGUUAUGUAAGGAUAUUUCCCCCGCUUUAAGAAGACACAUCAGUCUGUGUGAUCGACCAAUGUGCGCCAUGUCUAUAUUGUCUUGUGAUCCAAAUGUGGUUGAGUCCGAAUUAUUCUGACAUUUUUUUCGGCUUUUAACAUUUAAACGACGCCAGACCGUUAUAAAAAAUGAUAAACGUCAAAAUAAGUGGGACGAAGUUUGUACCAGAGAUCAAUCUUAAACCAUUGGAAACAGUGUUUCAAUUAUGUUUCUUUCACAAAUUGUCUUUAUGGUUUACAGGUAAUAUGUGAUAAUCUUUAUUUUAUUAGAUAUGAUUAAAGAUAGUUGUACUUAUAAGCAGACCUCAGUGGUAGUGAUCAGCCAACCCCCUGGAACUCGAUUGCACGCCCUGUUAAAGGUAAGAUAAGGGGCUACUUGUUAUUGUUUUUUUUAUGUUUUUAGACAGAAGUAUCACAUUAAUAGCAUAAUUGAGAUUUAUGUUUGAUCAUAUAUCACGUACGACAGUCAUGGUGCUUGUUAGGUAGGGACUGUAACCUGUGAUAAGUAUGUUUAAUCUAACAUAUAAUACCAUACCUUAAACAGAUUUUAAACAUGGUCGUCCCCAAAGAUUGAUCCCAUGUUAGAGCUUAUUUUAUUUAAUAACAUUUUAAACCGAUGUAAGUAUAAUGUGUGACAAUGAAAUAAACAAUAUGAUGUACGUGUGCCUUUUUAUUCAAUGAUUUGAGUUUGUUUUGGUUUAAACGUUAUAUGAGGUAAUACAUGUACGUAUAUACCUCGUUAAAAUCCGUAUCACGGAUUACUAAGAGAAACCGUACAUUAAAAAUCCACCAAACAGUUUAAACUCGCGACGAGUUGGUGAUUAUCCCCUUCUUCAUCUGAACAAGUUUCUUUUGACGAUUUUGAUUUUUAUAGUCUAUACACUGCUUGAUUUUUUUUAUUACACAUGGAUUUUAAGGAUCUUGUUGUAUUGUCUACAUGUUUGGGAUCGCUUGGCGGUUGUGUAUAAUAAUUGAGAGAAUCUUGUUAUAUCGUAUAUAUAUUAAGGAUAGUCGAGAGCGUUUCUACAUUUCAACCAUUUUUUAAAUGUUAAAUGCAUGGUUCCAAGUUUUCAAAAUCUGACAGCAGCUGGUGACUGGUAUCAUGGGUAAACACGUUAAUCACAUUUUACUGGAAUUUCGCUAUAUACAUACACUGUAUAUACCAUUCAGAACAGAAAGAUCCAACUCUAAGCUGAUAAAAUUUCUUUGUUCUUAACUUUUGCAUGAUGUGGGCCUUUUUAUCAAAAAGUCAAAUAAACCGAGGAAAGCAGGCUUGCAGAAUAUAUUAUAUACAGUGAUGUACUAGUGUAUAUUUGUUUAAAUUGUUUUUACAUGUUAAUAGUAUCACAUCCAAUCCUAUGUGUAUAUAUGAUUUGUAUUGUGAUGUGUGUACUUGAAUGUUAAUAAAAAUAUUGUUUAAACUUGU